CGUCAAUACGUCUUCGUAGUUUGACGUCACUGCAAGUGAACACCAAUGAUACACCUGAAUGAGCGCAAGAGAGAGAGAGAGAAACACCUGAAUGGGCGUGGUUUUCUAUAGUUGGGCUGUGUUACCUGUAGCGACGUUUCUCUUCACUCUUUCAAGCACCGCUAAGCUGGGCAGAAAAAAAACCCCAGAUAGGAAUUAACUUGUUUUAAUUAAAAUAUUUUUACAAAUCUGUGUUAAUAUCACGGAGAACACAGAGCCUGCUCUUCAACAUAAUGCUAAAGACUUGUAGGUGUUAGUUUCAGCGACAGGUAACUCUGAUCAUCUGUACACCUGCACGCGAAAGACAGUUUGUGAGUGUCCGGUCCAGUCCUUCAUCAUGAAGUUUCCUGCACUGCUGUUGGCUUUUUUCUUUGUGUGUAGUCUGGGUAUCGCUGGCUACAUCCAUUCCAAACGGAAACAGGAGGUGCAAAUGAGUAAACAGGCUUCAUUUCAAGAUAUUAAGUUCAGAGUGACCAGAGAUGUUCUGGAAGAAUACAAGGAUCAGCUGAUCCAAGGAAAUAUACUGCUAAAUAAGACUAAAACAGAGGUGGACAUUCUAACCAAAGAUGUGUCCGUAGCCAAGACAUUUGCAGAGAAGAAAAAAGGUGACGUUGAUACAUGUAAAGGUGACAAGAAACGAUUAACAGAUGAAAUUGCUGCUGGAGAGUCAGAGAAGAAACAUGUCGAAAGUGAGUUUGUCAAGGAAAAGUCUCAUUGGGCAACAGAGGUUGAUUCUCUACAAAAUCAACUGGUGCAGCUGAGCACACUUUGCAAGUACAUCGACAAGACCUCUGAGGAGGGAAGGAAAAUGUGUAACAUUACCCAAGAGCCACAACAGCCAGAGGCAAAGCCUAAGGAAUCACAAGCAGAAAAACCCAAGGCAGAGGAACCCAAUGCAGAACAGCCGAAACCUGAGGAACCAAAAGCUGAACAGCCAAAAGCAGAUGUACAGUGAAGAAAAACUGAGUGGAUGAGUGUGUGUGUUAGGAAAAUGGAGAACAAUACCACAUCAGCGUCAGCUGGAGAACUGUAUUUGAUGAUUAACUAACCUGAAACUCUUGCUUGGGUUGAUCUCCAGCAUUCCACAGGCAUCACUUGAAUGAGACACUUUGGGCUCAAGGUUUGACUGACAAUGUCAUAUGUGUGGUCUGUCAUAAUGCAAAUAAUUGUGUUUAAGGAAUAUGGGAUAAUGCAUGUAUCAAUCAGUUACAAUUUGAUGUCAACUUUACCCACAAUAAAAUGAUGAAAUUUAUGGGAAACAUUUUUUUUUUUUUCAGGAAAAAAAAGAGUGUUAGGUUUAUUUGCCUUCUGGGAGUGUUUGACUUUUUUUUAUAGUUCUUUAUUUUUUCCUCCCUGUAAUUUAUGUUCCCUGUGAUAGUGUCAUUCUGACCCUCCCUCAGGCUCAUGCAUACGUCCCGUUUGUAUCGACCAAUGGGAAAACUCUGACCCUCUCACUGUCACUCCUAAUCAUCGUCACUCUGUUACCCCGGUUACUAUUGUUAUGCAGUCAUGAAGUUCAAAGAACCUCUUGUGCUUCUUUGUUAUAAAUUUUGGUUUUAUUCUGAAAUAUUGUGAUUUAUGAUGGAAAAUAAAAAUAAAGUCAGAGUACGGUUGGA